CAAGAGAGAGAGGAGGGAGGAGAUAAAGAGAGGGUGAGAUAAGACAAUAAGGCAGGUAGAGAGUGUUCGGAUGAGAUUGCAUCAGGCUGUCCCAAAAAGAGGAGGAAACUGAAGAUUAACCUUCGUAUAACAGACAAGAGAGAAGACUUGUGCAAACAAACAACAAUAGAAGGAACAUAAGAAUAUCGAAGUAAUCCAACUGGAGUUAUAACAAUUGUAAAAUGUCACUAGUGGGCGCCCUGCCUUUCCUGAAACCGCGCCUAUCGCCUUCUGUUUCUCCUGGGCGCCAAAGAAGACACACACUGCCAGCAAGCGAGUUCCGACCGCUCAACACGCAAGAUGCCAUCAGCGUGUUCGAAAUUGAGAAAGAGGCCUUUAUCUCUGUGUCAGGAGACUGCCCGCUCCACCUUGAUGAGGUGCGUCAUUUCCUCACGCUGUGUCCAGAGCUGUCCAUGGGCUGGUUUGAGGAGGGGAGACUAGUAGCCUUCAUCAUUGGGUCCCAAUGGGACCAGGACAGACUCACCCUAGACGCCCUAACUCUUCACAAGCCCAAAGGUUCCACAGUUCAUAUCCAUGUGCUGGCGGUCCACCGGACCUUCCGGCAGCAGGGAAAGGGCCCUAUCCUGAUGUGGCGCUACCUGCAGUACCUACGCUGCCUGCCCUAUGUGCGCCGUGCAGUGCUCAUGUGCGAGGACUUCCUGGUUCCCUUCUACCAGAAGUCUGGCUUCAAGGUGCAGGGCCGCUGUUCCAUCACGGUGGCAUCACUGACCUUCACAGAGAUGCAGUACCCUGUGAGGGGCCAUGCCCUGAUGCGGCGCAACAGUGAAGCUAUUGGUUUUCCUCAGACUGCGUUAUUAUUGGAGGAACAGACUCAGAGGCUUAAGUCUGUGUUAUUAUUGGAGGAACCGAUUCAGAGGAGUGAGUCUGCAUUGUUAUUGGAGGAACAGACUCAGAGGACUGAGCCUGCAUUGUUAUUGGAGGAACAGAUUCAGAGGAGUGAGUCUGCAUUGUUAUUGGAGGAACAGACUCAGAGGACUGAGCCUGAGUCUGCUGAUGUGUAAAUCCUUUUUUUACUGAGUAAGAUAUUAGAUUCCUGCUGUACAUAUCAACUAUGAUGUAAAAUAAAGUGAUGUAAACAUUUACAUUUAUAUCUAAGAUGGUAGUCUAAAGUGUACACCAUACAUGCAUGACCGAUGCAGGGAGUCUUUAAGCUUUAUUACAAUGUUUUAAUUUCAGAUACCUAACGUUAUUUAAUAUGUGAAUACUUCAACGUUAACUAGCUACAUGCUAAUGGAUGUUAGAACAAAUAUUGUGUGACUUCUGUCUGUGUGAGAUUAUAUUUUUCCUGCAAAUGUUCCCGCUUAAUUUAUUGUAAAUUUUGUCUGAAGGUUUGGGUUGCAAGCCCCUCCUCUCUGACGGUAUAUGGACUGACGUCACUAACUACCAGGCUUUAGCAGCUCAACCGUGCCUCCUUAUCUCUAUUAGUGGGCAUUAGGUAUACUGUAAACGUCUGAGGAUUUACAAGAGGAUCCUUUCAUUGGACUGCCAGUAGAUCUAGUGACUUAACAAGCCCGUUUUCAUACAAUGAGAAAAGUAGGCUACAUUCACACCAAUUUGGAUUAAUUUGUUACUGAAACUGUUUGUCUAUUCAUUUCCCUUUGGGUCAUAUGUGCAGAGUGUUAAUCAAACCAUGUAAUAUAUUCUCUUACUCCACCAGAACCUGUCUUACCCUUGAAUCCAAUCAUAUCU